AUGUGGUACUCCUUGUCCCUUCUCCUGUUGUCCGCCUCGACAGCUACGGCGUCGUAUGCGGGUAACCUCAACUACCGCAGCCCCUCCUUCAACCAUCCUGAGCUGGGAGUCUCUGUCCGUAAGGUUGCGAAGCGAAGCGACCCAGCCUCGGCCUUUGACCCCGAGAAGCUGAGCUUUACUCACGGUGUGGCAUCCGGUGAUCCAUACGCUGACUCUGUCAUCUUGUGGACACGUUGUUCUCCCACCUUCGACGAUGUCCAUGACAACAGCACCACGUCUGGCCUCGUGCCCUUGUAUAACCCUGUGCCCAUCUAUUCGGGCAAAAAGAACAAGCCGGUUUCUAAUGCUCCUGUCUGUUUGAACUACAAGGUUGCGCGUGAUGAGGGCAUGAAGAAGGUUGUCUCGGAGGGGACGGCGUUCACCAGUUCGGAUAUCGACUAUACUGUCAAGGUCGAGGCAACCAAACUGAAGCCAUUUACCACUUACUACUACCAGUUCAAUGUCUGCAAUUCGAACAAGAAGAGCCCUGUUGGACGCACCAAGACUGCUCCUGCGCCCAAGGACAAGGUCGAUAACAUCAAUCUGGCUGUGUUCUCUUGCAGCAACUACCCAUUCGGAUUCUUCAAUGGUUACGGUAACCCUGUCCGAAAAGACUCUGUCGAUUACGUUCUGCACCUAGGCGACUAUAUCUACGAGUACAAGAACGGCGAUUAUGGCUGGGGAGACAGUAUCGGACGCAUCUCUCAACCGGAUAAAUCAAUCUUCACGCUUUAUGAUUAUCGCAAGCGCUUGGCCACCUAUAGAACCGAUCUGGAUCUGCAGGCAAGCCACCAGAGCUUCGCCUGGAUUCCAGUUUGGGACGAUCAUGAGGUGUCUGACAAUACCUACCGGGACGGAUCUUCCAAGCUCCAUAAUGAGGAGGACUCCUUCCUAACACACGGCGGAGUAUCCGUGGACCAGCGCAAGAUGAAUGCCGUGCGCGCUUAUUUUGAGUGGAUGCCUAUCAGACAAGUCGAUAUGGACGACAACCUUCGUAUUUGGAGGAACUUCCAGCUUGGUUCCCUGGUUGACCUGAUCAUGCUGGACACCAGACAGUAUGACCGCUCGAUCACUGACACAUACGAUAAUACAGACUAUAUCUACCAGAUCGCGGACGAUGCUAGUCGGACUUUGAUGGGCAGCCGGCAGGAGAACUGGUUCUACCGCAACCUCAUUGACUCAUCCAAGAGGGGAGCCCACUGGCGCAUCAUCGGUAGUCAAAUUGUCUUCUCUCGGCUCAACCAGUCGAUUGCCAAUCCCGAACACCACCUGAAUGCCGAUGCCUGGGAUGGCUAUCUGGCCAACAAAAACCGCACUCUCCAGACGCUGUAUGACAACCAGAUUGGCAACAAUAUCAUGAUUGCCGGGGACUCUCAUGCCAACUGGGUGAGUGACGUGGCUUGGCUCGAUAAUAAGCCCUACGACUCUAAGACCGGAGCCGGUGCUAUUGGUGUCGAGUUCGCGGGAACCGCUCUCACGUCGCCGUCCCCUUACGGACAGAACAUUUCCAUUGCCGAUGCCAACAAGGCGUCAAAGUCUCUGGUCGCAAACAAUGAGGAGCUUCAGUGGUCCGAGUUAUAUUACCGCGGUUACUUUGAGCUUCACAUCACUCCCCAGGAGGUGGAAGCCCGCUUCUUCGGUCUUCCCAACAUCAAGGAGCGCAACGGCGGUGAGAUCUCGCUUGCCAAUUUCACUGUCAAGAGCGGCGAUAAUCGACUAGAGCGCAACUCCAACGGUAUGGUGGCCGGAGGCUCCGUGGUCAAUGGAUGGCUCAAGAAUGGGCGGGUGGUCCCGACUAAUCAGACCUACGAUACCACUACCGGUGCUUACACAGUACUAUGA